AUGGGGCAGAGCUCAAUGGGUGGAUUUGGCGGGAUGAUGGAUACUGCUCAGGACACCAACGAAUACCAGACAUGUAUCGGACUCAACAGUGACGGGGAUGAGAUGAGGGUGACGUUCACACGUGAGACAAGCAACAACCCAUGGGGAGGCAACUGGGGCAACCAGUGGGGCAGCACUGCAUCCGUGCGGCUGUCAGCCGUCAUCGCCUCCAGCCAACAGUCGACACUUCAAGGUCGGUUCCACUUAGUGGUUACAGAAGACUCCAGGACCGAGGAGGGAUGUUCCAGUCGGGCUCUCGGCGACAUCCUGGCUGACCGUAGCUGGUGGAACCAAGCGACAACCCCACGAGGCGUCGUCCAGACCCCCCUUCACAUCAUGCAGGGCCAGACAGCUACCUACUCCGAGCCACUGACCACUCUCACCUUCCAGGAAAUGACAGGUCGCGGUUUGGCUCUCUGUCCCUCACAGCAGGUCUCGAGUACCUGCGUUGGCGUCAUCCCCCUCUGCUGCAAGAUUGGGUACGACAGCCAGCCCGCCACAACGCCCUUUACCUCCCAGAACCAGUUCCUUGCCAGGGGCGUACUGGCCGCUCCAACCAAUGGAGGGAUGAAUGAUGGUAUGCAAGGCUUUGGCGCCCCAGCAUCUGCAGGUCCAAUGAAUGGUGGUAUGCAAGGCUUUGGUGCCCCAGCACCUGCAGGUCAAAUGAAUGGUGGUAUGCAAGGCUUUGGUGCCCCAGCAUCUGCAGGUCCAAUGAAUGGUGGUAUGCAAGGCUUUGGCGCACAGGCAUCUGCAGGUCCAAUGAAUGGUGGUAUGCAAGGCUUUGGCGCCCCCGCAUCUGCAGGUCCAAUGAAUGGUGGCAUGCAAGGAUUUGGCGCCCCAGCAUCUGCAGGUCCAAUGAAUGGUGGUAUGCAAGGAUUUGGCGCACAGGCAUCUGCGGGAGGGAUGAACGGUGGUAUGCAAGGAGUUGGUCCAGCAGCAAAUCCAGGAGGAAUGAACAACGGCAUGCAAGGCCUUAACUCCCCCAUGAAUGGUGGUAUGCCCCAGGGACUACCCUCCGGAAUGAACAAUGGACUCGGCCAAGGGAAUAAUGCUCAGGGCAACAUGGGAGGCGCCCAGGGCAUGGGUGGUCUUUCGUUCUAG